UAGCGUCCCAGACAGCUAGGGAGUCGCCGCCGCCGCCGCCGCAAGGCCCGCCGCGGGGAUGCCGAGCGCCCGCGCCGCCGCUGCGUCUGUCCUCCGCGCGCUGCUCGGCUGAAGGCGCACAGUCAAUGAAAGGGACACUUUAUUGUGGCUCCAAGGCCAUGGGUCCUGGGCAGAAGGCUGCUGCCCUUCGAGGAAGGAAGAACCUUAUUUGACCUUCUUCUUGGGGUACAGGUUGUUGCUGUGGCCAAUUUCUUCUUGCAGCAGUUGAUAGCACGGGGGUGCAGGAUUCAAUUACUGGACUUGUCAACUCUGCCAGUGUAUGUGCCAUUUCUCUUCCACUAUGAGUGGACCGAUUGUAUUGCACAUUUGUCUGGCUUUCUGUAGCCUUCUACUUUUCAACGUUGCCACACAAUGUCUGGCCUUCCCCAAAAUAGAAAGGAGGGAGAUAGCACAUGUUCAUGCGGAAAAAGGGCAGUCUGAUAAGAUGAACACCGAUGACCUAGAAAAUAGCUCCAUUGCCUCAAAGCAGACUCCCCAACUGGUGGUCUCUGAAGAUCCAAUGAUGGUGUCAGCAGGACCAUUGGCAACAUCAUUAAAUAAAGCAUUCUCUAUUAACAAAGAAACCCAGCCUGGACGAACUGGGCUCAUGCAGACUGAACACCCUGGUGUUUCCACUGCUACUGAGUCAGCUGUCCCAGCAGUUGAAGAAGUAUUUGGUUCCAGCCAACCAGAAAGAACAUCUCCUGAAAGUGGACUUUCCAAGGCCAUGUUAACCAUUGCUAUCACUGCGACUGCUUCUCUGACUAUUGAUGGAAAGGAGGAACUCCUUACAAGCACUAACUUUCAGCCCAUUGUAGAAGAGAUCACAGAAACCACAAAAGGUUUUCUGAAGUAUAUGGAUAACCAAUCACUUGCAACUGAAAGUCAGGAAGGGGCUGGUUUGGGACAUUCACCUUCAUCCUAUGUGAAUACUAAGGAAAUGCUAACCACCAAUCUGAGGACUGAGAAAUUUGAAGCAGACACAGACCACAGGACAACUUAUUUUCCUAGUGCUGAGUCCACAGCAGGCACUGAGCCUGGAAGCCUCACACCUGAUAAGGAGAAGCCUUCGCAGAUGACAGCUGAUAACACCCAGGCUGCUGCUACCAAGCAACCACUCGCAACUUCCGAGUACACCCUGAGUGUUGAGCGAGAAACUGACAGUCUGCUGGGAGCCCCAGAAGUCACAGUGAGUGUCAGCACAGCUGUUCCAGCUGUCUCUGCCUCAAGUGAUGAGUGGGAUGACACCAAAUUAGAGAGUGUAAGCCGGAUAAGGACCCCGAAGCUUGGAGACAAUGAAGAGACUCAGGUGAGAACGGAGAUGUCUCAGACAGCACAAGUAAACCAUGAGGGUAUGGAAGGGGGCCAGCCUUGGACAGAGGCUGCAGAGGUGGCUCUGGAGCUGCCUGAAGGAGAAACACACACGGGCACAGCCCUGCUAAUAGUGCAUGGGAAUGAGAGAUCACCUGCUUUCAUCGAUCAAAUUUCCUUUACCCCCACAAGUCUAAUGGAAGACAUGAAAGUUUCCAUUGUGAACUUGCUCCAAAGUACGGGAGACUUCACGGAAUCUACCAAGGAAAACAAUGCCCUGUUUUUCUUAGAGACCACUGUUUCUGUCUCAGAAUAUGAGUCUGAGGCAGACCAACUGUUGGGAAAUACAAUGAAAGACAUCAUCACUCCAGAGAUGACAACAGCUGUUCAAGAGCCAGAUGCCACUUUAUCCGUGGUGACACAAGAGCAGGUUGCUACCCUGGAGCUUAUCAGAGACGGUGGCAAGACUGAGGAAGAAAAGGAGGACUCCUCUCCUGUGUCUGACGUUCCUGGUGUUACUCAGCUGUCAAGAAGAGGGGAGCCUCUGGCCACUACAGUUUCAACUACAGUCAUCCCUUUGUCUUUUGAAGUUACUCCCACUGUGGAAGAACAAACGGACACAGUCACAGGGCCAGAUGAGGAGUUCACACCAGUUCUGGGAUCUCCAGUGACACCCCCUGGAAUAAUGGUGGGGGAACCCAGCAUUUCCCCUGCACUUCCUGCUUCGGAGACGUCCUCUGAGAGAAGAACUGUUGUUCCAUCGAUUACUCAUGUUAAUACAGCUGCCUCGUAUGGCCUGGACCAACUUGAAUCUGAAGAGGGAGAAGAAGACGAGGAUGAAGAAGAUGAAGAAGAUGAAGAUGAAGAAGAGGAAGAUGAGGAAGAAGAUGAGGAAGAUAAAGAUGCAGACUCGCUGGAUGAGGGCUUGGAAGGUGACACUGAGCUGCCAGGUUUCACUCUCCCUGGUAUCACAUCCCAGGAACCAGGCUUAGAGCAGGGAAACAUGGACCUGUUGGAGGGAGCUACCUACCAGGUGCCAGAUGCCCUCGAGUGGGAACAGCAGAAUCAAGGCCUGGUGAGAAGCUGGAUGGAAAAAUUAAAAGACAAGGCUGGUUACAUGUCUGGGAUGCUGGUGCCUGUAGGGGUUGGGAUAGCUGGAGCCUUGUUCAUCUUGGGAGCCCUCUACAGCAUUAAGGUUAUGAAUCGCCGAAGGAGAAAUGGUUUCAAAAGGCAUAAAAGAAAGCAGAGAGAAUUCAACAGCAUGCAAGAUCGAGUAAUGCUCUUAGCCGACAGCUCUGAAGAUGAAUUUUGAAUUGGACUGGGUUUUAAUUGGGAUAUUCAACGAUGCUACUAUUCUAAUUUUUAUUUUGGAGGAGAAAAAAAAAAAGAACAACCUGCCACAUUGCUGCUAUCAGGCCGUUAGUCCUAGUGUCUGCUGGGUGCUGCAUAGUAGAUUUUUCUUGUACUGAGCAGAAACGGCAUGCUGUAUACUAAAUGUAUCAUGCAGUAUUUGGUUUUAUUCUGUAGUGAAUUUUCCACAACUGUGGGCUACAACUCAUAAAUAUGCAGCAUAUAUGUUUUGCAGUAGGAGUUGCUACAUUAGGCAGAGUAAAUAUUUUGUAUUUUUCCACAAUGUCUUUUCCUUGGUUUGAAUUACCUGCAUUGAGAAUAAUGAUUGUUGCCACCAAGGCAUGCUUGACUUUGAGAUAUAAAUCUUAACAAAGAAUAACUUCUCAUCAUUAUACUCUACCUACAUGAAACCAUGGGCUUGUGGGCCAUGGUACAUACUGCAUUUGCAUCAAACUAGCAGCAACUCAGAAUGAAAUCAUUUUCAUUAAGAAGUUCUCUCAGCAUAUUAGGAUUAUAUGUAGAUUUGUACGUAUUUUGCAUUAUGUGCUUCAGUCUCCUAGUUUUAUUAUUUCUCACCUUCUGUUUUAUUCUUAUUCUUGGCGAGGAAAAAUGCACUAGAAACAAUACAUUAAAUUGACUCUUAGUCUUAAUGUAUGCUUGCAGUCUUAAAUAGUGUGACUGAGUCCAGCAGAGUCAUACAUGUUUAUGAUUAAGCGGUAUUCUUUUUGUGGUACUAUUUGAUUUUGCCAAGAAGAAAUGAGGAAGAAAUCAAGAAUGAGAUGAGGGUAGGUAAGCUCUCAGAGCAUUUCUCUCUGCCAUUUGGUUCUAUGCUUCUGUGGCUACUAAUGUGACUAAUUCAGAGUGUUGUACUUCCACAUCUGUGGUCUUCACCAUGGAAAAAGUGGGCUACCAUUGGUCCUUAUUUGGCUUUAUUAGAAAAAUAGAUAUUCUAUCAUUUGUCUGCCCAGUGACCAGAGUCCUGGUGCACAACAGAGCUCAUGGGAAACCAGCCUCUCUCAGGGCACCCCGCUAUGAGGAUGUUAAACUAUGUUCGAUCAUUUCUCAUCUCCCUUGGAAUGUAAUUCCCUGCCCUAUACAAAAUAGGAUACUGCAAUGCGCUAUUUGAAUCUAGGAAUUGAGGACUUGUAGUUAGUUGAGUUUUGGGGUAAAGACUUGGCUCAUAUGGAAGAAUAAAGGUUAUUUAUUAAUAGUGCUGUCACUGUGGAGAACUUGGGGUUUAUUAGAACUUGUCUACUAUGUUCAAGAAAAAUUGCACAGUUACUCCUCAUAGCUACUAUGUGAGGUAGGACAUAUGUUUUUAUUCUCCCAUUUGACUGAAGAUGGAACGGAAGCAGAGAAGUGAAAUGAUUUUCCAAAGUUGUACCUAAAGCGAAUCAGCGUGAGAACCCACUUGGACCCAGAGCCAUGCACCCUUAUCUUCAAUUCAGUACCCUUUUCAUGGACUUUGGAGGAAGCAGUGAUAUUUCAGAGUCCUUCUUUAAAACAAAGGUUCUAAGGAAAUAGCUGCUUGGUCAAGGAACAUUUGAUGUGAGUUUCCAUCUUUGUUAAAUGAAUGAUGCCUUUCUAAUUUCUCUCUUACUCAUACAAGUUCUUUCCUUCCCUAUCUCAGUUAUUUCCUUUACAGUCAUAAAUUGAAGUAUCACUUCUAUGGAACCAAUAGAGAAACCUUCCUAGAAUCCGUUUUUGAAAAAUGGCUGGCUUGCAAGAACGUUUUCAUCAAAUAAUUUUAACUCUUUUUGUCAAGAGAUGUAAGCAAAUGUGUGAAAUUGAUCAAGAGAAGUGAAAAGCUCUGUACAGUCCAAUAGAAGUUAGCAAUUGGCAAAUUCGCUCAAGGUCAGAUUUUAAAAACAGAAUUCAGAACCAUGGCACUCAGAAGUGAUUUGUAAUUUCAUGAGUAGAGACGUCCUGAUAUUGCAUAAGGGAUGUUUUCCUUUUCUUAAGAGCAUCCCUUUGCUAUAAGUAUUUCUAAGGUUGGGAGUAAGUGAGCGUGGUGUGGCAUUACUGUCUUUGUAUUAUUCACAGACUAUUUGUUGAGAAUACAUAAUAGGCCACUUAACUGAGUAGCACAUGGGUGAUGCUAAUGGCCAUUAUUGCCUUGGGCUACUCAAUCUAUAGUCUUAACUAAACCAUGGCUAAUAGGUUUACUUUUCAAAUUGCAGUAUAAUAAAUUCCCAAAUAACAGACCCAUAUUUUCAUUUCUCAGAGGUCUGUGAGGAUGACAUGUAUGUGAAUUUUGGCUUAACACAAUAUCUCUGUGAUCCUUUUUGGGAAACAUGAUUUCUUAAAGGAAAAGCAUAUACUUAGAGUACAUUUCUGUACAAACCCAUUUAAACAUCUGGAUUGAGUGGAUGGCGGUGGAUGGUACAAAUGACAUGUUUAUUUUGGCCGUUUUCCUUGCUGCUGGUGGCUAUGGAAUAAUGAUUUUCAGUGUUUGGCUUAGAUUAUUAAGAGGAUCAGAAAAGGUUAUCAUAUUUUAAACAAAACCUGGGAUUAGGGGUGCUGCUACCAGAUGGAAGUGCUGGCCAGUGAUUAUACAGUGGUCCAGAUGAAAAGUAGUAAAUCAGGCACUUGUAGGUUUACCCAAAAUAAGUGAUAAGUAUGCUUAUAUUUGCAAAUUAAAAUAGAAAGUCAACUUUUUAUUCUAACAACUAGGCUUAAAACAUUUAAUAGUGAAAUUAAUAAAGCUGUCUGGAAAGGAGAGCCAAUUCCUACAGCUUCAGUUGUGAACACCGUCCCUACUGGACUGAGUUUACCCAGCCAGAACUGCCGGUAUCCCACUGCAGGGGCAGGGACUACGUCUUCUUCUCGGAGGGAGAGGCAGUGUUUCCAGAAUUUGUAGGCUCAUAAGAAUCACCUGGGACACUUGUGAAACAUACCGAUCUGAAGGCCUUACCCCAUACCCGAUGAGUUAGAAUCUCCAGGAAAGGAGCUUGGGGUAUUUGUGCCCCAGCAAGCUUGAGAACACAGCUAGGAGGGAUCUAUCUAGAGAACAAUUUCUUUAUGAUAGAGACAAGGUCAUUUAAAGUCACAAUGAGAUACCACCUCACACCUAUUGGGAUGGCUAUUAUUCAAUAAAACAAAAUAUAACAAUUGUUUCUGAAGAUGUGGAGAAAUUGGAACCCUUGUAUACUGUGGGUGGGAAUGUAAAAUGGAUAGCCGCUGUGGAAAACAGUAUGAAGAUUCCUCAAUAAAUUAAAAUAGAACUGCCAUAUCAUCCAACUAUCCCAUUUCUGGGCAUAUAUCCAAAAGAAUAGAAAUCAGGAUCUCGCAGAAGUAUCUGUACUCCCGUGUUCAUUGCAGUAUUAUUCACAAUAGCCAAGAUAUGGAGACACCUAAAUAUCUAUCAGUAGAUGAAUGGAUAAAGAAAAUGUGGUAUAUACAUACAGUAGAAUAUUAUUCAGCCAUAGGAAAUAAGGAAAUCCUGUUAUUGUGACAAUAUGGACACACAUGGAGAACAUUAUGCUGAGUGAAAUAAACUAGUGACAAAAGGA